AUGGCGGAGGGUAAUGACCCUCACCCAAAGUUUCACGACCCUCUCCUCUCCACCCAAUCAUCUCCUCACCAUGGCCGUCGGUAUCGUCCUAAAGCACCGAUUACUGUCGUCACCCUCAUCUUACUGGUACUGGGACUUCAAUUCAUAGUCCUCCCACGAUAUGUUUAUCAAAUCUCUCCGAGCGAGGUCAAAUUGUCACAAUUUCACCUCGAUCGUCUCGAGGCUAGGCUUCAAAAAUGUGCCGAGAUCACCACCCCACCGGUUCGAUAUCCCGUGACCAGCGCUGGAUCACGAAUCAAUCCAAGGUGGAACCCGUUCACCGGACAGAAUGAGACAGUUGUAUUUAAGAAUGUGAAGCUGUUCGAUGGGGAAACAGUUCUGGACAAGAAGGUUGAUAUCGUGUUCAAGAAGGGGAUCAUCGAAUCUGUGGACACAGCCGGAAAAUCAGUCACCUUUGACCGCCAUGCCAAAGUCCUUGAUUUGGAAGGGAAGUUUGUCACACCAGGUCUAGUUGACCUGCAUUCUCACCAUCUUGCUUUUGCUUGGCCUCUCCUCCGCGAUACCGACGAUUCAAAUGAAGUCAACCCUGAAAUGGGUCCAGUAACGCCCCAAGUCCGGAUCGUCGAUUCUAUCAAAGCCUAUGAUUUUGCAACCACCGUCAUUGCCUCUGGUGGUGUCACAACAUCCCUCAUUCUCCCCGGUUCGGCGAACAUCAUGGGUGGCGAAGCUGUGCUUGUCAAGAAUGCAUUGAGGUCUGGAGAAAAUUCAGAAGAAGUUGUGGAAGAGAUCCUGCUCGAGCACGGAAUUCCAGUCUCUCAAAGAAGAAGGUUCAUGAAAAUGGCCUGUGGUGAGAAUCCAAGACGAGUGUACAAGCACACUCGAAUGGGGAAUGCUUGGUACUUCAGGAAACACAUGGAGAGAGCCAAAGAGUUGAUGGGAAAGCAGGAUGCGUGGUGUCUCCAAGCUGAGGCUCUGAAAGAAGCUGGCAAUGUUGCUGCCAUUUCCAGCUUCAUGGAAUCCACAUUGAAGGAUGGCGGUGCUACUGAUUAUCUUGAAUACGAUUCGAGUAUUGGCAUGCUUCGUGGAAAGGUUGGGGUCAACAUUCAUUGCUACGAGACGGAAGACUUUUGGGACAUGAUUCAUCAUAGUAAGGAGUUUGGCUUCAGGAUUCAGGCUUUUCACCAUGCUUUGGAAGCCUGGAAAGUACCUGAGAUGAUCAAGGACAGUGGCGAUAACAUCACGAUUGCAACUUUUGCUGAAUUUGGUCUUUACAAGAAGGAAGCUUACGAAGCAAAUCUGUGGGCUGGCAAAAUCCUGGCCGAACACGGGGUGCCAGUGGCGUACAAAUCAGACCACGUUGAAUCAGAGACAAAUGCAAAAUAUCUACUUUACCAAGCCGCAACCGCUCAUUCUUUCCACCUCUCUGAAGAUCUAGCACUUCAAUCAGUAACCAGUGUGCCAGCUCGAUCUUUAGAGAUUGACCACAGAGUUGGGUAUGCGCGUGAGGGAUACGACGCCGACCUUGUUGUAUGGGAUUCUCAUCCCCUCUCUAUUGGAGCAACGGCUUUGAACGUCUUUAUCGAUGGAAAGGAUGUUUUAGAUGCCAAAAUGACUGAAGACAGUUUGUCAAAGGUCGCGUCUGGGGGUCCUCACGAAUUGAAGAGUCCGGACAUGCGACCCACCGUUGCGGCUGACAUCAAAGAAAAGAGCUGCAGCGCAAUUGAGAAAACUGGAGCCAAGAUUGCGAUCACUGGAAUUCAACGAUCUUAUCUGGAUGUUGGCUUGGGACCAACAGCGAAAUCUGGUAGUCUCACAUUGGUCGUUGACCAUGGCACGAUCACUUGCUUCGACUCUGAACCUCAAUGUGCUAGCGCAAGCACAGAAAGCACAACGAUCAGUCUUAAAAAUGGACAUGUUCUCCCUGGGCUCACCGCAGUCUCCGUUAGUCUCGGUCUCAUGGAGAUUUCAUCGGAUUCAUCAACUGGCGAUGGUGAAAUCAGGAAAGGGAGCUUAAAUCCGAACGAUACCGUUUAUGCCAAAUACGGGGUUCAUCUCAAUGGAAAAGCUUUUGCUAGAGCUAGAAUUGGAGGUGUCACUCGAGCUGUCACUGCACCUUUAUAUCAAGGAUUCGUCGACGGCGUGAGCACCGGUAUCAAGACGAGUGGGAAGAAGACAAUUCUGGAUGGUGGGAUAUUCCAAGACGAUGUGGCUUUGCAUUUUGCUAUCGGACAGGCGGCGAAAAGUGAAUCUUUAUCAACGAUCUCAUCUGAAAUCUCGAAGCUCCGCCAGAUCCUGUCCGAAAAUGCCGGUAAAGAUAACAUCUACGGCAAAGCAGCAGACGGCGCAUUUCCGCUUGUCGUUCAUGUCCAGAAUGAGUACGACAUAAUGCAACUCAUUAAGAUUAAGCAAGAGCUUCCGGUCAUCAAUCUGAUCCUCCUUGGGGGAGCCGGAGCCCCUCUCGUAGCAAAGGAGCUAGCUGCAGCAAACAUUUCUGUCAUUCUCACCGCAAAUCGAGGCGCUCAAGACACUUUCGAAAAGCUCAACUCGCUCCCGGGCCCACCACUCUCCAAGUCUCCCGCUGCUGUCCUUGAAGAAGCAGGGGUCUUAUUUGGCCUUGCGAUUAGUGGUGAGGGCGAUUCGCACCUCCACAAUCUCCCUCUCGAAGCCAGCUGGGCCGCCAAAUAUGCAGGUCUCUCUUCAAAGGAAGCCGUGAAUCUCGUCUCUCGGAACAUUGAGCAGAUUUUGGGACUCAAUGUCAAGGAAGAGAGUAGAGAUUUCGUAGUGUUUGAGGGAGAUCCGUUGCAGUUUGGAGCCAGUGUGGUGGUUGCUUUCGAUGGGCAGGAUGGCAGUGUGAGCUUAUGCUGGCCUGAAUCCAACUAA